CAAUACUCUUAUAACGGAAGACUAUACAAAAUUUCUAUAAAAAGAGAAUUUAACAUUCCAAUAAUAGAGAAUCAUAAAACUACUCAAAAGAUAUACUAAUAUAUAUUUUAAAAUUAAUUAAUAUAAAUUAAAAAAAAAGAAUGGAUCACUUAAUAAAAAAAUAAGAAAGAAAAAAUAUUUAUUCUUGUUUCAGACAUCUUACAAGUAUAAUACAUUUAGUUAUCAAAAAUAAUUGAAAAAAAAAAGAAUUAGAAAAUUAAAACUAAUUAUAAAAAAUUGUUUUGGUUAAAUUAUAGAAUUAUAAGAUAUAAAAUAAUUAUAUUAUUCAUUUUGUAUAUAAUAUGUGCAUAUAAAUUUCUCCAACUAAUGUAAUUUUCCAGAUCCGUCCUUAUUUCAAAGACCCACAAGAUAGACGUUGUCCAACGACAGAUCCCCCGUAGUAACCUAAUGGAGUCUGGGCGUGAGAACUCGGGUCUAAUCUGGCCCAUCAAGAAUAUCCAUUUUUCUUUCUGCAACUGCAGUUGCAUUGCAUCAGUUUAAUUCUCUCACUCUCUUUCGAUUCAAACCUUUUCAAUUUCAGCUUCAAGUUCUCUAUCUCAGGCUCUCAGCUCAAUCUCACUGUAAAAACCUAAACUUUCCCUAUUAUCUUUUCCUUUUACCCUCCUUCUGAAGCACUUCUGCUGCUUCUUGAAGAUAAAAGGAAGUGUUCAAUUCUACCAGCCGGAUCAAUCUUGGUUAGUUGAUAAUUACAGAUGAAUUCUAUACGCAGAUAUUUCUUGACUCAAAUUUACUCUAAAUUCUAUUUUCCUAAUUACCCAUCUGUCUCUUAUCACUCUAGAAGUUAUCAUCUUUUGAAUUCUACUGUCAAUUCAUUGAAGUUUACGAAUGUUUUGGCUCAAACCCAAACCAGCCCAGGUUCCAACUGUCAUUCAAGCGCAAUAUUUAGUUAUUGUUUUGGUGGUUUCUUGCUUUCUCUUUACUCAACAAAGCCACUAUCAAGGUCAUUUAGAAGGAGACAAAGUAAAAGAUUGAGAGCUAGCAAGAAGCCAGUUCUUGAUCAAGCUAAGUUUCAAGAAUCAAUUUCUCAGCUCCCACCAAGAUUCAGUAAUGAAGAACUUUGCAAUGUGUUGACACUUCAAGAAGAUCCUUUGGUAUGUUUUGAGAUAUUUAAUUGGGCAUCACAACAACCUAGGUUUAAACAUGAUACAUUAACUUAUCAUAUUACUAUAAAGAAGCUUGGUGCUGCUAAAAUGUAUCAAGAAAUGGAUGAUGUUGUCAAUCAAGUACUUGCUGUUCCUCAUAUUGGCAAUGAGGCUUUAUACAAUACAAUUAUAUAUUUUUUCACUGAAGCUAGGAAGUUGACUAGAGCAGUAAAUAUAUUUAAGCAUAUGAGAAACAGUCGAAACUUGGAUUAUAGGCCUUCGAUUCGUACCUAUAAUAGUCUUUUCACAGCGAUGUUGAGUAGGGGAAGGAAUUCUUAUAUAAAUUAUAUGUAUAUGGAGACAAUUAGAUGUUUAUUUAAGCAGAUGGUGAAUGAUGGAAUAGAGCCUGAUAUUUACUCAUUGAAUUCCAUGAUAAAAGGUUACAUUCUUUCAAAUCAUGUUAAUGAUGCUUUGAGAAUAUUCCAUCAGAUGGGCACUGUUUAUAACUGUGCACCCAAUUCGUUCUCCUAUGAUUAUCUAAUCCAUGGGUUAUGUGUUCAAGGUAGAACACAAAAUGCGAGGGAGUUGUAUGAUGAUAUGGAGAAAAAAGGAUUUGUUUUAAGUAGUAGGUCCUAUAAUUCACUUGUGAAUGCUUUGGCUCUCAAUGGAGAAAUUGAGGAAGCAGUAAAUUACUUUUGGGAGAUGACUAGGAAGCAGAAAUCACCUGACUUUAUCACAUACAGGACAAUCCUGGAUGAGACUUGCAGGCGAGGAAGUGGUGGAGAGGCUGGAGAGGCUAUGAGGUUGUUGAAGGAGUGGGAACAAAAGGGCCUUGUAGAUGGGCACACAUACAAGAAGCUCCUAGAUGUGCUUGAAGAUGACUUCGGAAGUUCCAAAUAUAAGACACUGGUUCAGUUAGAUCGCCUGAAGCUUAUGUAAACGAUAAUCAUCAACAAUCAUGAGAUUUGUGAACUGUGGAAGAACUGAUCAGAAAAAGCAAUGAUGGUGUAGCUCGGCAUCUGUCAAAGCGGUACUAAUUCAAUAUAUUGUUGAGACAUUCUAUUCAUUUAGCAUUUUUUAAAUUUUCUUGGUUAUACUUAUAGAUGAGUUGCUGUCAAAACUCGAGAACAAUCUGGAAUUAAUGUGUUUGUGAAAACAUGAGAACAAUCUUGAACUGAAGUGAUUUCUGCUAGUUUAAUUUUGUAGAAGUGUUGAUGGUUGAAGGAAUAGGUAGCCAACCCUAAUAGUGUCUGUUACUGUUUACCAGAUUUUCGCAACUCUACCUUUUUAUUUAGAAAAAAGAAACAGAAAAGUUUAGUGAUAUCAAAGCAUAAAAUCUUAGAUUUCGAAGUGGCCCUGUUUUAAGAAAAAUAAAUAUAUGGAGAGAAUGAUAGUUAAGUCUGUUGCUCGACUAUAGUACAUAGUUGUUGAUUCAACUACUUCUGGAUUAGUGCACUUUCGCCUAGUUGCUUAUCUCAAAACCAGGUUUAGGAUUAUUGAUUCAUGAUUUCAAGCACCCUGUUGCUUUUCUUCACUUAAAGAUCCUUUAUUACUUUCUGCUGAGGAUCUAUUGUUUAGAUGUCAUUUUUUAAGAAGUAGAAAGUAAGAUCUACCAUUAUUAGCUUGCUCCUUUUGUCAUUGCUGAAUAGAGUCUGCCACAGCUAAUUUUCCAUCCUGCAAGUUGUUAAUUAGGUUAUGUUAUCACUAACUUAUUGUGGGAAGAGCAGAAAAGAGGACAACAAUAAACAGGCCACAUUCUAGUAUAAUUGGUGGAAAAAUUUUAUUAUAGACCAAAAACUAUUUGCGAUUCUUCCAGUGUAAACUUAUUGUGAAGGUCUUUCUCUUUAGAUACUUGAAUGAUUUCAAGUUUUGUCUUUUCUACAGCAAUCAAGUUUUAAGGCCUCUCUGUAUUGUCAGUUUCCUACUUGAAUCAGCAUUGAAUUCAUAUGUUAUCUGAUUUUGUUUUGAGUUCUUAGUGUGAAUUCUAUUUUUGUACUUAUAUUCUUGAUAUAGAUUGAUCCAGUGCUAACCUAUAUGAUCUGUGUUACAAACUUGUACUUGAUUAUUUAUUACUGGAGUUGAGUAACUUGGCCAGAUUGGAGAUCAAUAUGCCAUGAUUCUUAACUGCUACUUUUCCAACAUUGCCAAGAUCUUACCAAGAUAAAGGUGUCUGUCAAGGAGCUUGAGAAGGCGUUGAGGACUGAUUUAAUGAUGCUGGGCUCUUGAAGAUGAUUCUGACCAAGCCAAUGAGUGUGGACGACACUGUUGGAGUACUCUCCUUUUGGUUCUUUUAAGCGUCAUCAAGAUUGUUGAGACUAAUGAUCCAACUGGUGACAUGGUCACAAUCUGCAACAAAGAGAGAUCAAAAGUAUAUUUCUUUUGACUACGGUACCUGGGAAAGCUAGGUCUUAUGCUGUUACAUUAUUGUCGAUUUCUUUUUUAUUUAACUGGCAUUUCUAGGAUACCUCAUACUCUUCCCUUAUUGUUCUCCCCCAAGCACUUGGUAUCUGGUGGAUGCUUUACUUUUCGCUUUUUAUCGUACAGCAAUGGUAUAACUUGUAUAUGAGCGGAGUUGAUUAUUGAGCUGUUAAUUCUGCAUUUUGUUUUGUGA